AUGAAGCUGAUCUUUUCUCUGACUUUCAUCUUGGCACUCUCCAUCACAGCUGAAGCCCUCCAGUGUUACGUCUGCACAAAUCAAGAGUGUUCAAGCACAGCACCAAAGACAUGUGGCUCAGAGACGAUGUGUAUAACAGCUUCCAUUAGAGCCACUUCAUUUGGAACAUCAGGAACACAAAUCUACAAGGACUGUGCACUGUCCUCCUUUUGUCCAACCACAGGCAAUCAGACAUUUUCAGUCAACUUGGGUGUGUCAAGCGCUCUUGCAUCUGCUCAGUGCUGCGACACAGAUGACUGCAACUCUCAAACUCUACUUUUCCCUGCGCCUGAGCUUCCGAACGGCCUGAGAUGUUAUGUUUGUGACCCCACCACAUCUCAGUGCACGUCUUCUAUACCAUGUUCAGGAGAGGAGAGCAGCUGCUUCCAAGCAACUGAAUAUUACUCUAUAUCUUAA